GAGAUAUAUAGGCCGGGUAAUUUUGCUUUCAACACAUUUUCUAGUUUCCAGAGAAGAACUAAUCUACAGCCGAAGUAACGUUAUUUUUCCACUUGGAUAUCAAGAUCAGCUCGACUGUCUGCUGAGGGAGAGACAGAAACUCCGUCACAACUGAUUAUCAGUGCACAGCAUCACUGGAGCAUUGUGACCCGAUGAAUUUUAUUGAGUGAAAGAUGUUUCAUCAUGGUGAUAAAGAAGGCAAGAAAUCUGCGUUUGGACAUCCUGUCUACGGCCAGAUUGUUUUCUCGAUUAUCCUCCUCCUCCCUCCUUUUCUGGUCACCGCCUUCCCGGAUAACACAGUAGUGGAGCAGUUCUGCAAGGAUCCUGGUGUUCCUGAACAUGGAAUCAGAACUCCAAGCACUGGUGUGUUUUUUGAAAACUCAGUGGCCAGGUUCUCAUGUGUGGAUGGUUAUAGCUUAAAGGGGCCAGCCAAGAUUGUCUGCACGCGCUUCCAUAAUGGAUCGGUAGGCUGGAAACCAAGCCUUAAACCAGUGUGCCUUUCAGAAGAUUGUCUUCCUCCAUUCAUCGAGGAUGCUGAUGUCACAAAUAAAACGUACAGGCCUGGCGACAGCCUCAUUAUUAGCUGUCAUGAGGGAUUUCAGAUCCGAUACCCUGACACGGAAACUAUGGAAUCAGUCUGUCAGGCCGAUGGGACAUGGGAUAAUCAGCCAACUUGUCAAGGCUGCCUCCGGCCACUGAUACCUCCACACAGUUACAUGAACAUCUCAGAAACAGAGUUCUCUGUGCCUGUUGGAACUGUAGUACACUAUCAGUGUUUUCCUGGUUACAAGUUGGAGGGACCUGAAUUUCUGGAAUGCAUGUAUAACCUCAUCUGGUCGAACACGCCACCCCGGUGCCUUGAUGUUGAGGCAUGCUCUUUACCCCCGAUGAUGGAACAUGGAGAUUACAUGUGCCACCCACAACCAUGUGACCGAUACAUCCAUGGGACGGUCGUAGAAUACUACUGUUAUUCUGGCUACUCUCUAGCGAAUGAUUACAAAUACAUCACCUGCCAGUACGGACAAUGGUUUCCGCAAAUGCAGCUCUACUGCAUCAAAGAUGAGACAACCUGGCCUGGUUUUCAAGAUUCUCUACUAACCACAUGGAAAGUAGUGGCUUGUACGGCCACUAGCGUGCUGCUAGCCUUGCUCUUGGUGAUCACAGGCAAGAUGUUCCACUUCAAAUGCAAAUCUCAGCAAAGUCCAAGUGAAGAGCCAGAGGAGAGCCGAGAUCCAAACAUCUUGGUUGUAGAUGGUGUGGCUGUACCACUUCCCUCUUAUGAAGAGGCUGUUAGUGGGGCCUACUGUCAGCCCCCAAACGAUCCGCCCCCUGCUGGUCUGGGGAGCUCACAGCAUUCAGAAGAACAAAACCCACCUUCAUAUCCCGGGCAUACAGGGAGUCAAAAUGGUGUGCCGCUGGACACUGGUGAGGCUGAGACCUGCGACAGCAUCUCAGAAACAUCAGACUGUCUUCAAGGCAUGCAGCCAUCUUCCUCCCAUGCUGGUGGACUGAAUAACAUGUCUGAGAAAACCAAUGCCAUCACUUCUAUGGAGGAGACCGCCUCCACAAGCCCUAGCAUAGACAUUGCAGAUGAAAUUCCUCUCGUGGAGGAUGGUGAAGCAGACUGCUGAUUGUUACCUUUAACUGAAAAUGGGACACUUAAGAUUGUUUCACUCCACUGUUAGUUAUUUCAUUGCUCAUGAUUUUGUUGAACAACCUUGCAGAGGCCAAAUUACUGCUCAUAAGGAAUCAUUGCACAAUUAUAUUCAAUGAAGAGCACACCAGGGAAGGAUAGGCAAUAAAAAAAAAGAAUCGAAAUUUAAAUAAACUCCCAAUUCUGCUCAUGAACGAACUAUGCAUUAGACCAUAGCAUAUUAUGUUAAUUUGACUUUCCUGCAAAACAUAGCAUCGAAGUAUUCUAAAAUUUUUUUUUUUUUUUUUUUUGCGACUUUCACUUGGCAACUGCGCUGCAUUGUGGCCAGAUUACAAAUGGUAUGGACUGUAACAAUGAUGAACAUUUCUUAAAUAAAUAAUAUGUUAACUUUA